AUGCUUGAUCCAUUACAAGUCCUGCCAGCCGAGGUUAUCCUGCGCUGCAUUGAAUUCACACCUCUCUCUGGCAUUGCAGCGCUGAACUCGACUUCAAAAGCCUGGCAUGGCUUCUUGGACACCACACAUCAAGAUGCGAUAUAUUCAUCGCAAGCCCAUCAACUAUACAGCAAACAACCUAGGAGUGAUCGCGAAGUCACACAACUCGGUCGUGAUGUCAAAGCAUUUGGGGAGCCCCGAACAGACAGGAGUUUUGUGCAAUACUUACGUGGCGUGGAAAACUGGAAGGACUUUUGCAAGCGGUUGACGCUACUGGAGGAGAACUGGAGCAGUAAGAGGCCGGUGGUGAGAGAAAGUGUGGUGCAGGUUGGCUAUGAUCCAGUAUGGCGCUUCAAGCCUGACUUCAAGCGGAGAUUUAUCGUUUCGACCUCGCAAUCUGGGGGUGUUUGUGUCACCGACAUGGACGAUGGACGUAUGCUGUGGAGGCUGAGAAGAGAAGAUGUGCGCAUGUGUGCGCAUCUUGAAUACGAUCAAGAAAGUGGAACAGCAUGUUGGGAUCGGUUUGGCAAUGCAAUCGAGGUAUGGAAGGCUGAUGAGGUGGAAAGAGGCACCUUUCAUCGUGUGGGCCUGCUCGAACAUGAUUGCGAGACCAGAGGAUUCCAGCUCUCACGCUUUAAUGACAAGGAAACACUGUGUGUUGUUUCAUCCGAGGGCAAAGGCUUCGUCUGGGACCUCUCUGUGCAUCCACCACAACGACAAAAGGUACUGGACAUUGAGAACGAGGCUGUGGGUCAUUUGGACCAGGGCGAAAAUACUGUCUGCUACAGUAUGGGUCAACGAGGUUACCAUGUGUGCUCCAAAACCACUGGCGAGAUGUUAGGCAAAUUCGACCCCAAAGACUGCCAAAACAUCUACCACAUCGCUCACCCACCCGCUCAGCCAAAUCUCACCAUGGGCGCAACAAAUCACGGUCCCACAGCGUCCGUCAAUCCACCCGAGAACCCACGCAGAGAUCGCCUUGCACCACUUAAACUCUACGAUGGUCCUCAUCCAGUGCCGCGAAGCCCACUAGCAAUCGAAACCGACGAAUGGGGCUCCGGUAUCAUCUCAGGAAACUAUAUGUGCGGUGUUUCUCGCGGCGGCCGCGUUUUCAUCUGCACAGACUUCCUUGGUGCUCUAGCCGAUCCAGCACGCUUCAAGGAAACAACAGCAGUUCUACAUACUGAGGGUGACGGCUCAACUUUCGAACUUGGUGGCUGGCUCAGCAUAAAGAACGGUCGCUGUCUNUUUGAAAUCAUCGACAGCAUAUACGUCUUCACAUUACCCGAUUUCGGACAGCUUCCUGUGACAGGAGAAGCUCAACGGCCUAUCUGGGCUACACCAAUCAGCUCGGCACCGCAACUUGCUGUACCUGUGAGUUUUAUGGGUAUUUAUGAUGAUUGUAUCAUGCACACCUACACAACACUCGGGUUCCGCAGUCCUCGCCAGCGACGAUAUUCCAACGACGAUCGUGUGGAGCGCACUCGUGCCUUUCCCACAAAAGCGAUUAGGAUACUGAGUCUAGCGCCAGAUUUGUCUAAUCCAGGAAAGGAGCUUUCAUACACCGCAGGCUCGGAGAGAUACGACAACACUCCCCACGAUGGAAAUGGCAGCAACAGAACAAUGCCAGCACCUCCCACACGCGGUGCAGCAAUGCAAGCCGGCCUUUUGCAACUAAUGGCCUUGCUCACCAACACCAACGACGAGACCUCUGAAGACGAGGACGAAGACGAAGGAUUUGAACUUGGCGACGACGAAAGACCGCCUCCGGGACUUAGUGAAGAAGAACAAAUAGAAUGGGAACAAUCUCAAGCCAUCGAGGCGAGACAAGAUGAGGAGGACCGGCAGUUGAUUGCUGACAUGAUGAGGUCUGCUGAUGAGGACGAUGAGAUAGAGUUGGAGAUGUUGAGGUCUGAUGAUGAGGAUGAGGUUGCUAUUGUGGGUGGGAGAGUGCCUUAUGCGCCGAGUCUAGAUGAUGAAGAUGAUGAUGAGUGGGAGGAUGAAGAGGACGAAGCAUGA